GGCCAGACCGGGGGCGGAGCGGGAUCGGGCCGCGUCCCGCGGCGUGUUCCUGGAGCGCGGGAAGGCCGAGGGUGACAAAACACAGAACCACCUCAGGAUGUCUGUAAUUCAGCAAGGCACGGCAACACUUCGGAAAGCAAAGAAAACCACUGUAAAAACGUGUCUAGAUAACCCCUUUGUUUUCCAAUGGAAAACCAUAGAUGGAGAAGAUAUGCAUUUUAUACUGGAGACCUUAGAAGAAAGGAUUAAACAUAUUGGACUUAAAAAGAUUGAGAGCGCAAGAAAGAAAAAACGUUCCCUCACAAAAAAACAAACGGAAAGGAAGUGUGAUGCCGGCACCAAUGAUUUCCCUAAAGAGGAAGCAGAAAGCCACCAACAAAAACCAGGAUGGACUGACAUAAGUAUCAGAAGACAGCUUGCUAUUGGAGUUAACGAAGUUACAAAAGCAUUGGAAAAAAAUGAACUUCUCCUCUUGCUGGUGUGCAAGUCUGCCAAACCCGCAAUGAUCACGUCGCACCUGGUGGAGCUGAGCGCGAGCCGCGCCACGCCGGCAGGGCAGGUGCCGCGCCUCAGCGAGACCCUCGCGCCCCUCCUCGGCCUGACGUCCAUCCUGGCGCUCGGCUUCAAAAAGCACUCUGACACCUUCACCCAAGCUAUAGCAGCAAUAAUCCCAAAGAUCCCGGCCUUGGAAGUGCCGUGGUUUCAGUACAGAACUGAAGAAUCCGUGGCUUAUGCAGAGACAGAUUCUUCAGGAAGUCUGGAACCCGAAGAGCUUGCAGAGGUGCUCGGGGAUAAGCUCACGAGUCAGAAGCGGAAGCAUACAGAAAGCAACCGGCCCGAUCUCUCACAUGUAAUUUUGCAGCCUUUGAAAAUCAAGAAACUUGUCCCAAAUCCCAAUAAGAUAAAGAAACCACCUCGCAAAAAGAAAAAGGCUUUUUCAGCAUAACUGAGUUUGGUUCUUUCUAUUAAACAGAUUUUUAAAUGCAGGAUGGAGUACAGUUCUAACAGUUUGUUUAGGCUUUACAGUGUAAAGGUCUUGAAUACAAGGUGAACUUCAUGUUGCAUUGGGUGAGGUACUUUCUGCUUUAAUAAAAAAUACUGCUCAGA